CUUGAAUCACUAUCGACUUUCCUUCUUCAUGCUAACCAAACAGUUCUCUCUACCUUUUGGCGCAUAUGAGGUGACAGACAGCUGCUAGGAAGAGCAUAAUGCACAGUAACAAACAGUUUCAAGCAAGCAAAGUCAUCGAUGACUCACAAAUGAAUCUGGUAUGCUGGAGUCACACUGAAUUCACAUCCAAUGACGACAGUUGAGUUGCACGACUCCGUACAGGCUUCGUACAAAGCUGCAACAUGCUAUUCCAAUUGUUUUUGGCGGCACUUUACAUACCGAACCCAUACUUUCGUACCGAACCCAUACUUUCGUAGUAUAUAUAGAGCUCUAUUCCUCAGAUCUCCAUCUCUGGUAGCAACAGCGGGUGUUUCACUUUCCUCGUCUUGGCAUCUUUAGUCAUUUCCCAUCCAGUAUGCCGUCACUUUACUUAGUUGCAGCGACUGCUUUCAUUGUAGUUGGCUACGUAGUCAAGAUCGUUCUAGCAGGUCAGCGAUCACCUAUCUCGAAACUGCCGGGUACAUGGCACUCAAAGUACACUAACCUUGUCCUACGCUUCCACAUCUUAUCCGGCCGCCGAAUCUUCUACGUGGACGAUCUCCAUCGACGAUAUGGCGACGUAGUCCGCAUCGCACCAAAUGAAGUCGCUGUCGCGGACAUUGCUGGCGUGUCCCAAAUCCACAAGAUCGGUUCUGGAUUCCUGAAGUCGAGCUUCUAUGCAAACCUCACUCCCACUCGCGAGCUGGGAAUUUUCGCCAUGCAGGACCCUCACGACCACGCUGCUAGACGAAAGCUCUUCGCGCGUGCUUUCAGCAACUCGAGCAUGAAGGGCAACUGGGAGGCGGAGAUCAGACGCAAGACUACACUUGCCGUCAGUCAAAUCAAGAACGCUGCAGUGGAACCAGGCAAGGGGGCUGAUGUUCUCAAAUGGUGGACACUCAUGGCAACGGAUGUGAUUACGCAUUUGAGCUUUGGUGAGAGCUUUGGCAUGCUUGAGCAAGGCAAGCAAACAUCAUACAUUGAUGCGCUACAGGCGGCGCUGCUAGGUGGCGUGCUCCGCGUUGAGCUGCCUCUCGUGCAUAAGAUACUAAGAUAUCUCCCCCUGAAGGGUGCACAGAAGAUGGCCACUGCUGAUGAUGUGGUAUACGACUAUGGUGCUCUUGCCAUCCACAAUAUGCGUAGCAGCCAGGGCAACACCCUGAAUCUCUUCGGCCAGAUGCUGGCUGCCUGCGAUGAUUACGAGAAGGCAGCGCUCCCCGACAGAGCGGUCCGGGAAGAGGCAAGCAACCUCAUUGUAGCGGGCUCUGAUACUACCGCUGUGACUUUGACCUACUUGGUCUGGGCCGUUCUGAAGGACCCUGCACUCCAGGCUCGCUUGGAGGAAGAGGUAGCUGGACUGAGUGAUCAGCUGGGCAUGACGGAGCUCGAGAACGCACCCCUGCUCAACAGCGUGAUUGAAGAGACCCUGAGAUUGUACGGAGCUGCACCAGGAGCCCUGCCACGCAUCGUACCGAGUCAAGGGAUGAUCGUCGCUGGCCAUCAACUCCCCGCUGGUACUGAGGUUAGCACACAAGCUUACACACUCCACCGAGACCCUAGAAUCUUCCAAGAGCCGCUCCGGUUCGAGAGCAACCGCUUCAUGGACAAAUCGAAACUUUCGGCCCAGCAGAAAGCUGCGUACAUGCCCUUUGGCGGUGGCAGUCGCGUGUGUCUUGGCAUUCAUCUUGCGUAUAUGGAGCUCCGGUUGGCAACAGCUUUGUUCUUCAGGCAAUGUCGUGGAGCUAAGAUGAGCGAUUGUAUGCGGGACGAAAUGAUGGAGAUGGACAACCGUUUCCUGAUCGCCCCGAAAGGUCACCAUUGUUUCGUGACACUGAGAUGAUUCCGGUCAUAUCCGAGUUGAAGAAUACGAAGUGCACAUGUCCAAAUAUAUUUUCCUGCGAGUGUG